AUGAUUUAUCUCUCCGGAAAUGAGCUCACCGGCACCUUGCCAUCGGAACUCUUGGGAAAUCUGAGAGCAAUGAUAGAUAAACCUAAACACGGACUUUCAAACAUCUUACAAGACGGUGAUGAAGUUUAUGCUUCUGAUAUUCAAGAUUACCACACUUCUGUGAAAGUAACAAUUAAAAGAUUGGAUCUUGAAUUGACCAAGAUCAUAGACAUUUUCGUAUCCAUGGACUUAUCCAACAACCAGUUCUUUGGACAAAUUCCUGAGGAAGUGGGACAACUUAUAUCCCUGCAAAUGCUCAACUUAUCUCACAACAACUUCACCGGUCCUAUCCCGGCGUCGUUCGGGAAUUUGGCGGCACUUGAAUCGUUAGAUCUUUCAUCAAACAAGCUCGGUGGUAGGAUACCAUCUCAAAUGACGAAGCUGACGUUUCUUUCAGUGUUGAAUCUUUCAAAAAACAAUUUUGUUGGACCAAUUCCUCACGGGAAUCAAUUUGGUACCUUUGAAAAUGAUUCCUACAUCGGUAACUUGGGAUUGUGUGGCUUACCAUUGUCCAAGCAAUGCAACAACCAUGGGGAGGCCGAACCACCUGCACAGUCGGUGGUGGAAGAGGAGGAUUCUCAAGUACCCUUUUGGCAGGUGGAAAUGAUGGGAUAUGGAAGUGGAGUGGUGCUAGGGAUGAGCCUUGGUUACAUUGUGUUCACGACCGGAAAACCAUGGUGUUUGAUCUCUUCCACUGUUCCUCCUCCAUCCUCUCAUCUAUGUCUCCCACACCAGAGAGCUGCUUUGCUCCAAUUCAAAAGCUCCAUUUUUCUAACUGAAUACUGCUCCAGUGGGGAUGAUUACAAUAAUGAUUACGCCAAGACAGAGUCAUGGAACAAAAGCAUUGAUUGUUGUUCAUGGGAGGGAGUCAAAUGCGACGAGCUGACUGGACAUCAGCCUCUUUCUCCUUCACAACCUUCAAUGGCUCCCCUCUUGAGAACACCAGCAGCCUGUUUCACAUUCAUGGACUCCGACGACUCAACUUCGGUUACAACUAUUUCGAUGGCGCUAUCCCGUCAGAGUUAUUUACUCAAUUGUGUAGAUCUGUCUGGUGUUGCACUUACUUCCUUUCUGAACUUAACUUCAUCACUAGAACAUUUGAGUCUCAGUUGGUGUCUAUUACAUGGGGAGUUUCCGAGUCGAAUUUUUCAGCUUCCAAACCUCAAACAUAUCGAUAUAACUGGGAAUGAAAAUAUCAGAGGAUAUCUCCCCAGGACAAACUGGAGUAGUGGCCUUGAGUGGUUGCACCUUUCCUAUUGUGGUGGUUUUAGGGGAUCAAUUCCAGCUUCAUUCGGAAAUCUCACUCGAAUUGUUUCCAUAAAUUUAUCUGGAAAUCGGCUUCAAGGACAGAUUCCAGAUGUUUUUGGGAACCUUACCAAAUUAACUUCUUUGAGAUUUUCUAGCUGCAAUUUGAGUGGUUCACUUCCAAUAACUAUGUUCACUCUCCCAUCUCUGCUAGAUUUGGACCUCAGUUAUAACAAACUAGCCGGACCGAUGGACCUAAUUAGGAUGCCGAGUUCUAUCCAACAGCUUGAUUUAACAUCUAACGACUUUCAUGGUCCGCUACCCGAUUCUAUUUUUGAUCUUGUGAACCUUAUUGAACUUCGUUUGUCAUCAAACAACUUGAGUGGUAUCAUCGAGCCAGUUAUGCUUUCGAAACUCACGAGUCUUGAAGUUCUCGAUCUUUCGAAUAAUAGAUUAGUAUCAUUAUGUGCAAGAUGCAAUGAUGCAAACUAUUCUUUCCCUCGGCUUGCAACCGUGUCGUUCUCUUCUUGUAGUGUAAGUCGGUUCCCGAGUUUCUUUCGAGCAUCACAGUUGCUGGAUUUAGAUAUUUCCAGUAACAUGAUUUCUGGUGGAAUUUCUAAAUGGGAGGCUGAAGGCUGGGAAGAACUGAAAGGGUUGAACCUUUCUGACCACAAUGGAGCAAGUUCCUGGGAAGAGAUUGGAUGCACUUUACCUUCGUUCGAACUUUCUUCGAGGGUCAAUUCUGAAUCUUCAAAUCCGAGAUCCAAUGCAGUUGCAAGUGUUCUUAAUUUCAAAGAAUAA